AAACAUUCUGAUACCGUGGUACAUCCUGCAUAGGUAUAAAAAUAGAUUAUUUUCUAUAAAUGUUAUGUGAGAAAUAUAUUAAACAAAAGAAAGCGACUUUCCAUAUAUUUUAUUUCUUAUCUUAGAUAUCAGAGACGAGUAAGAAGAAUGCCAAUGAGUCAAUUUUCAUGGUCCAAGUUUUAGUUCGACAUCGACGUGCCACCUGAGGGGAGGGCCUCUCAAACCAGUCUCAUAUUUUUUUGAUUGUCGAGUAUAUAUAGUAAUACUAUGUGUGGGCAAGAGGGUGACUAGAGUAGCAUAUGCUCACUACCACCAGCACUGACCCGCACCUACUCCAAGUGAAGCCGACCCAAGAGCACAGGUGGCAGUAGUUCCUUCUGACGGAGGACUAUGGAGGACAUUUGUCAAAUGCUCCAGGAGGCCACGUGAAGAGUUGAGACAUAUAUGGGUUAAGAUAAGGAAGAUGGCAGCGAAAGUGCAACAGUUUGAUCUACCUAGUUCGGCAAGUUCGGAAAGCGAUGAUGCUGAACCUUGUUUGGAAGAUCGUGAAGUCUUCUUUGCUGAUGAGCAGCUUGAGGACAUUGAUCAUAAUCGACGUUCUGAUGGAACCCCUACACCACAGUCACCUCGGCCACCUUCUACUGGUUCUCAAAAGUCACCUAGGUCCCGUAGACAGAGAACUACAAGUAUGUCGCAGUCUAGUAAAAAGACUUCCGCAGAGUCCAUUUUGCGUAGUAAGACCAGAACAAUAUAUACAGCUGGCAGACCACCCUGGUAUAAUUCCGCAGGACAGCAAGUGGAACCUUUUGUCAUAGGAAUUUGCGGUGGUAGUGCCUCUGGAAAGACUACUGUGGCUACAAAAAUUAUAGAAUCUCUGGAUGUACCAUGGGUGACGUUACUCAGUAUGGAUUCAUUUUACAAGGUUUUAAAUGAGAAACAGCAUGAGAUGGCUGCUCAUAAUGAAUACAACUUCGAUCAUCCUGAUGCGUUUGACUUUGAACUAUUAAAAAGUACUUUGCAGCGUCUGAAAGAAGGAAGGAAGGUCGAAGUACCAAUUUAUAAUUUUGUUACUCAUCGUCGAGAAAAUCGUACAAAAACAAUGUACGGUGCCAACGUCAUCAUAUUUGAAGGUAUUCUUACGUUCUACAACGUUGAUGUAUUAAAGAUGUGCGACAUGAAAGUCUUUGUAGACACUGAUGCAGAUGUUAGAUUAGCACGUCGCUUACACAGGGAUAUUUCCCAAAGAGGAAGAGACUUGGAAGGAGUGUUAAAACAGUACAGUACUAUGGUGAAACCAGCGUUUUUUUAUUACAUAGCACCUCUAAUGGUUCAUGCUGACAUUAUUGUACCUCGAGGUGGGGAUAACGAAGUUGCAAUAGAACUGAUUGUUCAGCACGUCCACACGCAGCUACAGCUGAGGGGAUUUAAACUGAGAGAAAAAUUAGCACACUCCUACAGUGGACAGCCAUUACCUUCGUCGUUGUAUCUUUUGCCAGAUACUCCUCAGAUCAAAGGACUUCAUACAUUCAUUAGGAACAAAUAUACCUACAGAGAUGAGUUUAUCUUUUAUUCUAAACGACUCAUACGGCUUGUCAUCGAAUACGCAUUAUCUCUUCUGCCAUUCAAGGAAAUCGUGGUAGAAACGUCCCAGGGUGGAGUGUACCACGGUAAACGUGGUGCUACUGACAAAAUAUGUGGUGUAUCGAUACUGCGUGCUGGUGAAACGAUGGAACAGGCUGUGUGUGAUGUAUGCAAAGAUAUACGUAUUGGAAAAAUAUUGAUUCAAACGAAUUUACAGACAGGCGAACCAGAGCUAUAUUAUCUGAGGCUACCCAAGGACAUAAAGGACUAUAGGGUGAUUCUCAUGGAUGCUACUGUUGCUACCGGUGCUGCUGCAAUGAUGGCUAUAAGAGUACUUCUGGAUCACGACGUUGCCGAGGAUAACAUACUCCUAGUAUCCCUCUUGAUGGCAGAAUCCGGGGUGCACACGAUUGCCUAUGCUUUUCCUCAAGUGAAAAUCGUUACGUCCGCUCUUGAUCCAGAAAUCAAUGAGCGAUUCUACGUACUACCAGGAAUAGGAAACUUUGGCGAUCGAUACUUUGGCACUGAACCAUCGUCUAUCGAUGACUAACUAACCAUAUUCAUUACAUACUAUAUAUUUAUGAUCCAUGUAUAUGUAGUUACUACGCACGCGUAAAUCGUGUACAUAGAAACGUUUGUCAUUACGCGUUUGCAAACUUUUCACAAAUAAAUCGUAUCGAGUAUA